GUCUCUGUUUGGAUCGACCGAACAGCAAGAUCCAGAAAAAAAUUGAGAAAACUUUAAGACAAGUACCAGACAUCUUUCAUGAAAUGUUUCCAGAGUUAAAUACUGUCUCAAGUCUGGUCCUCUUUGUCCUCCUUUCUCACAUUCUCCAACGGAUGGAAUUUAAGGUUGCAGGGGCAUUUCGAACAAGUUAAAUCAAAUUGACUUAUAAUUAAAACCAUUAUACUGUUCAACUGGCUUACCAGAACCACCCAGGGGACGGAAUCCACUUCUAUGACACAGGUUCAUGAAGUUUAUGAGAAACAGUUGCCAGCUGGAAUCAGGUUUUCCUCCCUCGAGACCCAGGCAUGAUCCAUUUCAGGCAUCUUUUAGAGUUGGCUGAGUAUAUACAGGCUGAUUUAGUACUUUUUUUAAUGUUGUUAUAUCACAUUUUAUUCAUAAAAGACGGAAGACAGAAAGGACUUAAGGAAUAAAAGUUUUAUCUUGUCUGCAAUAGAGUCAUGAAUACAUAAAAAACUCACUCUGACAUAACGUUUUAUAAUAAAAUAUAACAUAUAAUAUCUUAUUCAUUGCUUGAAUUUCUUUGUUAACAGUAUUCCUCAUUCUAGCAUGCACUUCUACUUCUUCAGCUUUUACAAACCAGGACAAUAUACAACUUAUCAUUUAAUCAGACGACCGUAGAAAGGGGGACACUCCCCCAGACUAGUAAAACAGUUCCUACUCUGUGCCCUUUCCAAACAGUAGCAUAAGAGAACACUCCCCUUUGCUUUGCCUCUGGCCAAAAAAAUAACAACUCACCUCUGCGGAUAUUCUGCUUCAAGAUCUGGACUUGUCCGUCAUUCUGUGGGAGAUCAGCCUGCGACACACUUAUUGCUCCACAGGAGGACUUUUCUCUUCUCCCUCCAGAAACGAGGCUUCUUCUGAGGUGUGUCCCGCGCUGCAGCACUGAUGAUAGGUGUGUGGGCCGGAGCCGCGGCUCUGUCUCUGGUGCUGCAACAGAUGGUGCUCACAGUCACAGCUGAAGGAACCGUCUAUGACCUGCUGAAGUCUCCCGACUGCCUGCCAGAACUGCUCCAGGGAAAGCUGAAGAGCAAAGGGCAAGACGAGGCUUUCCUCCUCUCUUCCUUCAGGCUCCACAACAAGGGCCCCACCUCUCUGUUCAGUGUCAUCAACCCCAAAGACAACACCAAGUACUUUGACUUCAGCGUGCAGGCCAAGCCGAGCAAGGUUACCAUCCGUUACCUGACUGAGAGCAGAUUUGGUGAGACCAGUUUAAACCAUGCCCCCCUGGUAGACGGCCGAGUUCAUCAUGUGAUGCUGCAUGCCAGGGGUCUACAGCGUGGUCCACCUCGCCUCAACAUCUACGUAGACUGCAGACUAGCCCACACUCUGGAGGAGCUUCCGACUGUGUUCGGGUCCCUCCCACCUGGUCCGAACAUGGUAGCACUUAGGACCCUGCAGUCAAGUGGACAGGAUGAACUGACAGACCUCAAGCUGGUGACUGAGGACACUAUUGACAACGUGGCCACUUUGCAGGACUGUAGUGUGGAUCAGAGUGAAUCUGUGCAACUGCUGGGUAUCCAGGGAGGCAGGAUGGUACACAACCAGGCCACCAUGCUGGAGCUGAGGAGCCUGCUAUCGGAGAUGAAGGAGCUGCUCCACCAACAGAUUAAGGAGACAACUUUUCUGAGGAACACCAUCGCUGAGUGUCUUGUCUGUGGUCUUGGGGGUAGUCCAACCAAAACUCGUCCAGCUCCAGGUCCAGGGCAGUUUGUCAUGCAGCCACAGCCGCAGCCUCAGCCUCAGCAUUUGACUCAGUGCCCACCUGGAACCUGCUUCAGACAGAACAUGUGCAUCCGCUCCGAGUCAGGGGAUUUCCAGUGCGCGCCCUGUCCUGAUGGGUAUACAGGAGACGGGGUGCACUGCGAUGACGUAGACGAGUGCCAGUUCAACCCGUGUUUCCCUGGCGUCCGGUGUGUGAACACUGCUCCUGGUUUUCGCUGUGAGAAAUGCCCUAAGGGUUACACCGGGCAAGAGAUAAAUGGAGUGGGAGUAUCUUAUGCUAAGUCAAACAAACAGGUAUGUGAGGAUAUAGAUGAGUGCCAGGUUUUGGGCAACAAUGGCGGUUGCACUGCCAACUCACACUGCCACAAUACUAUGGGCUCCUUCCGCUGCGGCGAGUGUCAAACUGGCUUCACAGGUGACCAAGUGACAGGUUGCGAAGGUACCAGGCUUUGCCCCAACGGUCAACCCAACCCCUGUGACGCCAACGCUGAGUGUGUGGUGGAGCGAGACGGCAGCAUUAGCUGUAGGUGUGGCGUUGGUUGGGCAGGUAAUGGCUAUGUGUGUGGAAAGGACACAGAUAUUGACGCAUAUCCUGACAUAAAGCUCAAGUGCAGAGACGCCAACUGUAAGCAGGACAACUGUGUGUUUGUGCCAAACUCUGGUCAAGAGGACGCAGACAGAGAUGGGACAGGUGACGCCUGCGAUGAAGACGCAGACAGUGAUGGCAUCAUCAACAUUGAUGAUAACUGCUGGCUCGUUCCUAAUGUGGACCAGAGGAACAGCGAUAAGGAUCUCCAUGGUGAUGCGUGUGACAACUGCAGAACAGUAGACAAUCCCUCACAGAGGGACACAGACCAGGACGGGCUGGGAGAUGAAUGUGAUGAUGACAUGGAUGGAGAUGGCUUGAAGAAUAUUCUUGAUAACUGCCCGCGAGCCCCCAACCCAGACCAGAGAGACAAAGACCAUGACGGGGUGGGAGACGCCUGUGACAGUUGUCCUGAUAUGGCCAAUCCGAACCAGUCUGACUCAGACAACGACCUUGUGGGAGAUACCUGUGACGACAACAUAGAUAGUGAUGGGGACGGCCACCAGAACACAAAGGACAACUGUCCCGCAGUUAUCAACUCCUCUCAGCUGGACACUGACAAGGAUGGAAUGGGAGAUGAAUGUGACGAUGACGAUGAUAAUGACGGCAUACUGGACGACCAAGACAACUGCAGACUAGUUGCCAAUCCAGACCAAACGGACUCUGAUAACAACAGAGUUGGAGAUGCGUGUGAAGGGGACUUUGACAAAGACAAUGUCAUUGAUGUAAUCGACCUCUGCCCAGAGAACGCUGAGGUCACUCUCACCGACUUCAGAGCCUUUCAGACUGUCGUGCUGGACCCAGAGGGGGACUCUCAGAUCGACCCCAACUGGGUGGUUCUCAACCAGGGCAUGGAGAUCGUCCAGACCAUGAACUCUGACCCUGGCCUCGCUGUAGGCUACAAAGCGUUCAGCGGGGUCGACUUCGAGGGAACAUUCCAUGUAAACACGGUGACGGAUGAUGACUACACUGGCUUCAUCUUCGGCUACCAGGACUCCUCCUCGUUCUACGUGGUGAUGUGGAAACAGACAGAGCAAACCUACUGGCAGGCUGCGCCCUUCAGAGCUGUUGCUGAGCCGGGAAUACAACUCAAGAUGGUUAAGUCUGAGACAGGUCCAGGUGAGCAUCUGAGAAACUCCCUCUGGCACACAGGAGAUACCACCGGGCAGGUCCGUCUCCUUUGGAAGGACCCCAGGAAUGUCGGCUGGAAGGACAAGGUUUCCUACCGCUGGUUCCUCCAGCACAGACCACAGGUUGGAUACAUCAGGGCUCGCUUUUUUGAGGGUUCAGAACUGGUGGCGGACACAGGGGUGAUAAUUGACACCAGUAUGAGAGGAGGGCGACUGGGAGUGUUCUGCUUCUCUCAGGAAAAUAUAAUCUGGUCCAAUUUGAAGUAUCGUUGCAACGACACUAUUCCUGCCGACUACGAGGAUCUCAGUGCCCAGAGCACAGAGUGAAGUCAGAGAGGCGGACAGAUCCAUCAAGAUUUGAGAUCUGCUGAAAACAUUGAUAAAAGGAGCAAAAGGAGCAGAGCUGCACCUCUGGUUAGAAAAAGAACGAUGAGUCUGGGAACAUGUUGUAAUGAUUCUUUUAACUUUGUCAAUAGAGCAACAGUCCUUGGAAAGCAUAACAUUGGACAUUGUUUACUUUUCUUAAAUUCAGUGUGAUGUGACUGAAGCCAGCAUAUCCUUCUAUAAUUCAUCAGCGGGUUAUGUAUAUGUCUAUGCAAUAUCACCUUCAGUUUUAUCAGCAUUUUGUAAUAACUUUAAGAAGCAAUCCUGUUUUUGUUUUUGACAUUAAGUACAAUAAAACCCUGAGCAUUUUACAAAAUCAAAACAA